AUGUCCACCACCGUAACUUCGACCGACAACACGCCAAAGACGAUACGUCUAACAAAUGGCAAGGAUUUCACUUUCGUCUCCAAUGCCGCAACAACGCAGGAGACAAUCCCCAUCAUUGACGUGUCACGCAUGCAUAGCCCUAAUCUAGCUGACCGUCAGGCUCUUGCUGAAGAAAUCCGAGAAGCUGCUCAUAUCAUUGGUUUCUUCUGCAUAACGAAUCACGGCAUAGAUAUGAACUUGGCAUCGAAUGCGAUGGAGCAAGCUAGGAAGUUUUUCGCACUCCCAGAAGCGAAGAAAAUGGAAGUGAGCUCCGAGCUCAUUCCUGAUGAGUACUGUGGAUAUCAUGGUAUGCAACGAUAUAACCCAAAUGGCUGGAAAUAUAGAGAUCUGUAUGAGGCGUUCAACUGGAACUACAAUCCCGCUAAAGAUCCUGAUUACCCAGACUCUUCGACUCCACAGAUCAAUCUCUGGCCCAAGGACAUGCCGGCAUUUGAGGAUAAGCUCAGCGCCUACCAGACUGAAAUGAUCAGGUUUGCACGUCGCUUGACGCGCAUAUUUGCAUUAGCCCUGCAUGUAUCCGAGGACUUUUAUGACGAGAAUGUAAAGCAGCCAGAGGCAGGGCUCCGAAUCCUUCAUUAUCCGCGGCAGGAAGCGUGUCGAGAUGAACAAAACGGGAUCGGUGCGCAUACUGACGUCGAGUUCUUCACCGUCAUCACCUCGGAUGCUGAGGGUCUGGAAGUCCUCAGUAAAUCCGGUCAUUGGAUCAAAGUCAAGCCUAUACCAGGCUGUUUCGUGGUUAAUAUCGCCGACUGCUUUAUGCGGCAGACAAACGACUUUUUUGUAAGCACAGUUCAUAGGGUCAUCAACGAGAGUGGUAGGGAGAGAUAUUCGCUGCCUUUCUUCUGGGGCAUAGAUCGGAAGACUCUCCUGAGUCCUGUCCCAACGUGUGUCAGUGAUGAGAAUCCGAACAAAUACCCAGUGAUGACGGCGGGAGAUUAUUAUUUGUGGCGGACUAGAAAACAAAAGCGGUCUUGGAAAGUUGGCGAGAAUGCGAGCGAGACAGUUAAAGAGUAG